AUGAUCGACCCGCCGACUGUUUAUGCUCACCGGAAUAUACCUGAUGUUGCAACACCUGGUGAAGAUGAAAGAGGGACGCGUGUCCGGGUUGUGGAUGCAGAGCAGGAGACCGAGGAUUCGGAACUGGUGUACCUUGAGAUACGGUGCUCCCUCGGUACAGUAACACCUCAUCUGAAAAUGACUUCUACGGAACUGCGAGAAUUCAAUAACAAAUGGAUGGAUACGGUGCUCCCUCGGUACAGUAACACCUCAUCUGAAAAUGACUUCUACGGAACUGCGAGAAUUCAAUAA